GCCUAUGUUCCUAAGAAGCAAAAAAAUGGUAGAAGCAGAGAUGAGAAAAAUGAAGAAGUUGAGCUACCAAAUUGUAACUGGGAGGUGGUUCAUGAUCUUUGCCUCAUGCUUAAUCAUGUCAGUUUCAGGAGCAACAUACAUGUUUGGUUUAUACUCCAAUGAAGUCAAAUCCUCAUUGGGAUAUGACCAAUCUACCCUCAACUUGAUUAGCUUCUUCAAGGACCUUGGUGCAAAUCUUGGCAUAUUCUCAGGGCUUAUCAAUGAACUCACACCUCCAUGGGUGAUUCUCUCCAUUGGUGCAGCCAUGAACUUCUUUGGUUACUUCAUGGUUUGGCUCUCUGUCACUGGCCACAUUGCAAUUCCCCACGUUUGGCAAAUGUGCCUAUACUUCUAUAUUGGAGCUAAUUCGCAAUCAUUUGCCAACACUGGUGCAUUGGUAACGUGUGUGAAAAGCUUCCCAAGAAGCCGUGGAAGUGUUAUUGGGCUUCUAAAAGGCUAUGUUGGACUAAGUGGUGCAAUCUUCACUCAACUCUACCAUGCUUUUUAUGGUGAUGAUUCUAAGGCUCUCAUCUUGCUCAUUGGAUAUCUUCCUGCUGUUAUAAGCUUCUUGUUUCUCCCCACGGUUCGAAUCCUCGACAUCCUUCCGCAACGGAAGGAGCUGAGAGUUUUCUACAAGCUUCUCUAUAUAUCACUUGGUGUUGCUGCUUUUCUGAUGCUGUUGAUUGUGUUACAGAACAGGUUGAGUUUCAACAGGGUUCAGUACAUUGUUGAUGGCAUCUUUGUUCUCUUGUUGCUCCUUCUUCCACUUGUUGUUGUCUUUAGAGAAGAACUUAACAUCUUCAACAAUCAUAAUAAUAACAUCAAUCAUGCUUCUUCUUCUUCUGAUUUCAAAGUUGUCACACAAGUUCCAUCUCCUGCUAGUGAAUUGUCCCAACUAGAAUCACAGUCACAGGUAGCACCAAAUUCCAACAUUGCCAUUUCACAUGGUGGAACUUCAUGUCUAAGCAACAUAUUCAAACCCCCAAGAAGGGGAGAGGACUACACAAUCUUGCAAGCACUUUUCAGCAUUGACAUGUUAAUCCUCUUCAUAGCAACAACAUUUGGUGUUGGUGGAACAUUAACAGCACUAGACAACUUGGGACAAAUUGGUAAAUCACUAGGUUAUUCCAAGAAGAGCCUCACAACAUUUGUAUCCCUAGUUAGCAUAUGGAACUACCUCGGACGCGCCUCUUCAGACUUCGCGUCCGAGGUAUUCCUAAAAAAAUACAAGUUCCCCCGGCCGUUGAUGCUCUCUCUUGUCAUGCUUCUAUCUUGCGUCGGCCACCUUCUAAUCGCGCUUGGAAUCCCAAAUUCACUAUACUUCGCCUCCGUGAUCAUCGGAUUCUGCUUUGGAGCCAUAUGGCCAUUAAUGUUUGCUGCAAUCAUAUCCGAAAUUUUCGGACUCAAGUACUACUCAACAUUGUACAAUUUUGGAGCUGUGGCUAGCCCUGUUGGAUCAUUCAUACUAAAUGUGAAAGUAACAGGCUCUUUGUAUGAUAAAGAAGCUUUGAAGCAAUUGGAAAUGAAAGGACUAGAAAGAAAAGUUGGACAAGACUUAACUUGUUUAGGAGUACAAUGUUAUAGGUUGCCAUUUUUCAUAAUCACAGCAUCAACAUUAGUUGCAUGAUAAAGAAGCUUUGAAGCAAUUGGAAAUGA